CACACUUCGGCUUCGUCCAGAAGCAAGGGAAAGCACAACGCAAAAUUUCCCGCCCAUUUCUUCGCACUUCACCGAUCAAUGGCUCCCAAAUUCGACGGCGCAGAAGCGAUCGUACUCAACUUCGUAAAUGAGCAAAAUCGUCCACUGAACUCUCAAAAUGUUGCUGAUUGCUUACAAAAGUUCAACCUCAAGAAGACGGCGGUGCAAAAGGCACUGGAUGCUCUUGUCGAUAGUGGAAAGAUUUCUUUCAAGGAAUAUGGCAAACAGAAGAUAUAUCUCGCCCGGCAAGACCAAUUCAAGAUCCCAAACAGCGAGGAACUUACUCAGAUGAAGGAAUCAAACUCCACAUUGCAGCAAAAUCUACACGAGCAGAAAAAAGCUAUUAGCCAGGUUGAAGAAGAUAUACGAACUUUGCAGUCAAAUUUAACGCUGGAACAGAUGCGGGAAAAAGAAGCCAGGCUCAGAAAGGAGGUUAAGGAAUUGGAAGACAAAUUGGAAAUAUUGCGCGAAGGUGUUACACUGGUGAAGCCAGAAGACCGCAAAGCAAUUGAGCAUAUAUACUCUGAGAAAUUAAGCCAGUGGCGAAGGAGAAAAAGAAUGUUCAAAGAUCUAUGGGAUACCAUCACCGAGAACUCACCUAAGGAUCUAAAAGAAUUCAAGGAAGAACUUGGCAUUGAAUACGAUGAAGAUGUAGGUGUAAAUUUGCAGUCAUUCACCGACAUGUUACCACAAACUCGGAAACGACCCAGGGGAAGACUCUGAUUCCAUCUUCUCGCAACUCUGGAAGCUCGGAUUUUUCUCCUCAAGAGUUGAACUGCUGCUUUCUCCAUUCCCAGCAUCAACAUCACUCUCAUCAAAAGCCAAA